CAAAGAUAGGCACACACGCAGUUUUCACUCGAAUUGAGUGAAAAGAAGAGUUUUUUAAUUUUAUUUCAAGAAGAAAAGUGAGAAAGCCAUUGAGGCUGUGAAGAAUGGUGCGGGAUCGCCUGCAUGAGUUAAAAUCUAAUUCACCUUAUCGCGACGAUGACGACAUUGGAUUAGAUAUUGAAGUGACAACAAACCUCGAGAAUGAUAUUGAGAGUGUGUUGAAUGAGUUUGCAGAUGCCCGCCGGAUUGUCCAAGAAAUUCGUGGUAAUACAAAAUCCAUGAAGAAGCUGGAGAAUGAAAUUGCAAAUCGCAUUCCCACACCUCCGGGGGCAACUGAAGAGUUUGAGGAACGCCGAGAGGCAAACAUGCUCCUCUGCCAGAAUGUCUACAACAAGAUGAAGAAGCUGGAAGCCACACUACCCUUCAAGGAUGAUUUUAAAGCCAUUUCCCGAAUAAAACGCUACCAUUUUCAUUUUGUUCGGGAGGAAUUUAUAGAUGCAUGGAAUGAGCAUGAGGCUUUUCUCGUGGAGUAUGAGGAGAGGAUUAAGAGGAUGCUGAAGAAGCAAGCCAGGAUAGUCAAUGCUUCUGCCGAUGAGGAGGAGAUUGAGAGUUUAAUCACCGAGCGAAAGACAUCGCUCUUUGUGGCAAAUAUUGUACAAGAGACUGAAUUGGCGCGCAGGCAGCUGCAGGAUAUCACGCAGCGACAAAUUGAGCUGGAGAAGAUUGAAAAAUCCCUCGUAGAGGUCAGAGAUAUGUUUUUGAGGAUAUCAACUCUUGUAAUGGAACAGAGCGCCAGAAUCCAAGUCAUCGAAUUCCAUGCUCAACAAACGGGGAUCAACGUUGAGAAAGGUGGAGAAAAUUUAGGCAAAGCACGUGAAUUGAAAAUUAAGACGCUAAAGAAGAAAACAUGCCUCCUCAUAUGGCUGGCUGUAGCUCUAACAGUUAUAAUUUUGAUUUUAAUUAUAUUUUGAGCACCAAAAAAAA